CGGAGAGAAACAUUGGUAACACUGGUUUGGGUAGCUAAGCUGCCGCCUUGGAGUAUGUGAAUAUAUUUUCGCUUUGAAAAGCAAUCAAGAAAAAGAGGAAGUUCGAUUAUCUGAGCGCCUUGCACAUCCUGCGUAUCUGCACACGGUGUGACAGUGGAAAUAGGACUGUCGGGGCGCCUCUUUGAGUGAAGCUGAAAGACAAACAUAGUUGGUUUUAUUUCUACAUCAUUGGGAUACAAGUGUGGAUCUGAUGGGCUCACAGAUGUUUUGGGCAACUCUCCUGAUGCUGGGGGUUUCCCUCUGGCUCACCGAAGAAUGGAUGGAAACAGAUACUGCAAAAAAGACCUUCCAGAAUUCACAGAGAUUUCGACCUGAGCCAGAUGAAGAACCAGAGCCAGCAGCAGUGAAAUAUGAUCAGAAGGAAGGCAGCCUCAUUGCAGCCUGUCUUAGGAAAUACUGCGGGAGAGGUCGUCGAUGUGCCAUUAACAAAGAGACGGGUGCAGCAGAAUGUCUGUGCUUGGAAAGGUGUCACCCUAGCUUUGUGCCUGUCUGUGGAUCGGAUGGAAAGUUUUAUGAAAAUCACUGUGAACUUCAUCGAGCAUCCUGUCUGCAGAACAAGAAGAUCUACAUUGUGCAUAGCAAGGAUUGCUUCUUCAAAGGUGACACAUGCACCAUGGCCGAGUACAACAGGCUGAAAAAUAUGCUGUUGGACCUCCAGUCUAAGCAUUCAUCACAGCAAGGUGGUGCCCGAGAAAACGGGAUGGCUCACAGGAGGCAUUUAGUGCAGGAGAUGUUCAAAUACUUUGAUGUCAAUGGAGAUGGACACUUGGACAGCAGUGAACUAGCUCAGAUUUCCAUGCAAGAUCACCUGGAGAAUGAUCUACUGGAGUGUACAUUGCAGGACUUGUUGAAAUAUGAUGACUACAAUAGCGAUGGCCACCUGACACUUCUAGAACUCUACACAGCCUUCCAGGUUGUGCAGCUGAGCCUCCCCGAAGAACAGAAGUCCAGCGUGUCUACCGUCACUGUGGGUCUCAGUACGGUCCUGCUUUGUGGCAUUCAAGGGACGCUGCGGCCGCCAGUCAUUUGGAAGCGAAAUGGAAUUGUAUUGAAUUUCUUGGAUUUGGAAGAUAUUAAUGACUUCGGAGAUGAUGGCUCACUCUACAUCACUAAGGUGACAACUAUUCACAUGGGUAAUUACACCUGCCAUGCUUAUGGCUAUGAAGAUCUGUACCAGACUCACAUCCUGCAGGUGAAUGUUCCUCCAGUGAUAAUCGUAUACCCAGAGACACAAGCUCAGGAACCUGGCGUAUCGGCCAGUUUAAAAUGUCAUGCAGAUGGCAUUCCUAUCCCGAAAAUCUCAUGGCUGAAGAAUGGAAUGGAUAUCUUGCCUAAACUCUCAAAACAGAUUUCCUUAAUAGCAAAUGGAAGUGAACUGCAUAUCAGCAACGUGCGUUAUGAAGACACAGGCGCCUAUACAUGCAUAGCUAAGAAUGAAGUUGGAGUUGACGAAGAUAUUUCUUCAUUGUUUGUGGAGGAUUCAGCACGAAAAACACUUGCAAACAUACUGUGGCGAGAGGAAGGUCUGAGUGUGGGCAACAUGUUCUACAUCUUCUCUGAUGAUGGAGUCACCAUCCUGCAGCCAAAUGAAUGUGAGAUCCAAAGGCAGAUCAAGCCAACAGAGAGGAUCAUGGCAAGCUAUGAAGAGAUGUGCCCUAAAGGUGAAGGAGAUUCAGUUCAACUCUGCGACUGGGCUUCUGCUGUCAACGUGAGGGACAAGUACAUUUACGUCUCACAGCCCAUCCAGAACAGAGUGCUGAUUAUAGAUACCCAAGCUCAAAAAGUGGUGCAGGUCGUAGAAACUGAUCCUAUUCCUGUGAAGUUGCAUUACGACAAAUCCCAUGACCAGGUAUGGGUACUUAGCUGGGGAGAUUCCAACAAGACCCACCCUACAUUGCAGAUGAUCUCCCAGGCAAGUGGAGGAGAGGAGCAUCAGAUAACACACUCACCUUUCGAAAGGGUGGAUGAUUUCUUUAUUCCUUCUACCAAUCUCAUUAUUACACACGUAAGGUUUGGAUUCAUCUUUCUGCGAUCUGAGCUGGCUGUACACAAAAUUGACCUGGAAACCGUUGCCCGCAUCAAGACCAUUGGCCUCAAAAACUACAGUUGUGUUCCAGUGUCAAUGGCCUACACCCAUCUUGGAGGCUAUUAUUUUGUCCAGUGCCAUGGGAAAAACAUCUCGUCCUCACAGCCUCAGGUGAUCAUUGACAGUGUCACUGAUGCAGUUAUCGGCUACAACAGUGAGAUAACAGGAACACCGUACAUCUCUCCAGACGGGCGUUUUGUAGUGUCAGCUGAUGAACACACAGGAAUAAUCAGGGUUCAAACCAUCACUUUCCAAGGAACACUACAACUCACCCUUGAGCUGCAAACAAGCCUACACAUCUCUUCUGUAGCGUUUCAUCCUUCCUUUACGGAGGCCAAUCAGUAUUAUAUAUAUGCCUCUUCUCGGUCUCAAACAGACCUUCUUUUUGUGGAACUGUCAACAGGGAGAAUGGAGGUUUUGAAGAACCUUAAGGACCCCAUACAGCCAGACAACUGGCCUUGGAGCAACAACAACAGAGUGGUUAUAAACAGUGGAAUGUUUGGGCAACACAUGUUAACACCAUCAAAGGACUCCCUGUUUGUCUUAAACGGAAAGCAGAACACACUACACUGUGAGGUCUCUGAUGUCAAGAGAGGUAACACGGUGGUAUGGGUUGGUGAGGUAUGAAGAGUCAAAGGUUAGAUCAAGUAUAAGCAAAAAUGGAAUGGACUCCAUGCUGGAACUCAGCAAGUGCUAGAAAUGGAUCAUAAAUGUACAACACGUAUUAAAAACAAAUAUUUUUUACUUGAGGCUGAUAGAGCCAUUCAGUGCAACAGUGAUCUAUGUGCACUAACCUAAAAAUCAACGCUAAAUUAUUGCACUUACUUUUAACACUGCAGUUAAACAUGACUCUGAGGGGAAAAUCUAUGCACAACGUACACUUUUUUAGCCUGAUGCUGAAAUAUAGAGACAUUUAUAGUAUGGCAAAGGUAACCAUAAAUAUACGGCUAGCAACUAAUAUCACAGUGAGAGGUCAUUGUCUUUUUUUAAUAAAUGUUCAGUCUCUUUGAAAAUGACAGUUGUUAUGCUGCCUGCUGUACCAGUUUUGUUGAAUACACACCAUUAAACCAAGAUUCUUUUUUAAUUCUCAAAAC